CAGCAGGAUACUAUGUCCUUUGCGCGAGGUUCCAUUACUUCUGAGAUGCUCCAGUCGGCAGCGAGAACCGGGUUACAGCUCCGGCUCGGAUAUUGCCCGACAUAAAGGCCACGAUACCGCCUUCCUAUACACUCAGUUAUAGGCGUCGAUCACAAACGUCGAUCCCGUCCCCGUGUCUUCCCCGGAUACGUCACAGGCUCACCCACGACACCCUACUAGGCACGCAUCCCUGUACCACGGGAGCUCGAGACCAUGACCCUCUCAGCACUGGCAAGGAGUGUCCUCCUUUGUGUUCUUGGCUUCUCAUGCUAUGUAGCGGCGGUUUGCACUCGCAGCGUUACGGCCAAGCAGGGAGAUACGUGUGCUUCGCUGGCCUCCGCAGCCGGCAUCACUGUCACUCAGUUUCUUAGGUCUAAUCCAUCUGUUGUGAGCUGCUCCCAGCUUGUCACGGGUGGCAUCUACUGCGUGCAAGGCGUAGCGGACAGCGUUUCAACUUCCACAGGCUCAGCACCCCCAGCCUCUUCGAGUUCAGCCUCACUUAUGGUUAGCCCGGACGGGACAUGCGGAGCGGGAGUAACCUGUUCCGGCUCGAGAUAUGGGAGGUGUUGCUCCAGGCACGGCUUCUGCGGCGAUAGCGAAGACUACUGCGGCGAUGGCUGCCAACCGGGCUUUGGGUCUUGUGGCUCGGGGUCUGGACCUGGCACAACUUCUCCAGGCGCGGCGGUUACUGUCACGGUCACGGCUGAGAUUACUCGGACUGCGUAUAUAUUUGAGACGGCCACCGUGACUAGCACCGUCGCCCUCACCAACACAGCAACUGCCGUCACCACGAGGACUUUCAGCGCAACCACCACCAUUACCAACACGGCACCAGCCACAGCGACCACGACAGUUCGGACUACUGCCGCUGUGACAGCCACCACGACGGUCCGGGCUACUGCCAUCGUGACGAGUACGGUGGUCCGGACCUUGACAGCCACGGCACCAGCCACCAGCAUUCUCACACUAACCACCAUCUCGACCGUGACCGAAGUCGAAACAUCAACCAGGGUCAGCGUGAGAACCUCGACUACGACCCAGACAGUAAGGGCGACGUCCAUCUCUGUCGACACCAUUACCACCAUCACAACCUUAACUCGCACCGUCACGUCUGCGACCUGCGGACCAGCCACCCGGACGCUGACACAGACGACAACCGUUACCGCAACCGCCACGCAGACGCAGGGCGGGAAGCCGUCUCCGACUCUGCCAGGGACGCCUAGCAACUGCAAAUCCUACGAUAGUAUCAGAUCGGAUGACAGCUGCCGCAGCAUCGCCCAACGGAAUGAUCUUACGUUACUGGAAUUCUAUGACUUGAACCCGGCGGUAAGAGCAAACUCCAUGAGUAUCUGUGUUCCCCUCCUGAGUCGAUGAAGAUGCUAAGAAACGGUCCUGACAGAUCAACUGUGACGCACUGCGGGAGGGGUACUAUGUGUGCGUGAGAGUUUGAGGCGGACUGAGGGUAAUCAUGGUACCUAUGGUCAGGGCAGAAUCACAGUCACGCGGAAUUGUAUCGCAGUGGUAAGACAUUGUGCCUGGAGGCUGGGCCAGUAUUGAUCCCGGAGGCCUCGAUAGCAGAGAGGACCCAGAGAAGUUUGCCUAGGUACCUAAGCAGCGUGGGUAGCAGCGAGUAUGUGUUGAGGUAGUUGAAAUUGACAAGAGUAAUUUAUA